AUGGUACAAUUUAUAUCACCCACUAACGCAUACAGGUCUUGGCCCUCGUGGACAGUACUGCGAGAUGGGAAAGAUCACGAUCGUCGCACGGCCCUGAUACCGCUAGAUGAAACUGGUCUUUAAAACAAGCAGAAACGAAGGUCAAGGACGCUAUCCACUUGCUAUAUAGGUCAAGAUAACGGACCCCACAACAGAAGGCGUCUGCUUGAUUUGAAACAUCAGAAUGGCUGAAGGCACGCACUCCUUUCCCCCAGACUUCGUGUGGGGCACAGCUACGGCGUCAUAUCAGAUAGAGGGAGCGUGGGACCAGGGCGGUAAGGGCCUGAGUAUCUGGGACGUGUUCACCCACGACGGAUCCCUGAUGCAGGAUAAGGGCGCAUCCGGGGACGUGGCGUGCGACAGCUACAACAAGUACCCGGAGGAUAUUGCCCUGAUGAAGGACUUGGGGGUAUCCAGCUUCCGGAUGUCUCUAGCCUGGCCGAGGAUCAUCCCUGACCCUAUCUCCGGGGAGGUGAACGAGGAGGGCGUGGCCUACUACAACCGUGUGAUCGACGCUCUCCUGGAGGCGGGCAUAGAACCGUCCGUCACCCUGUACCAUUGGGAUCUCCCCCUCACCCUAGAGGAGAAGCUUGGGGGAUGGGCCAGUGAGGACAUCAUACCGUACUUCGUCAAGUAUGCUCAAGUCUGCUUUGACAGAUUCGGGGACCGGGUCAAGCUCUGGAUCACUUUCAACGAACCCGACAUCUUCAUCGACCACGGCUACGUCCUGGACUGGCACGCGCCGGGCCGAGCUGACUUCAAGGACAUCGGGCCCUACCCCGUCGCCUUCAACGUCGUGCGGGCCCACGGCAAGGCGUACCGACUGUACGACGAGAAGUAUAGAGCUACACAGAAAGGCCGGAUCGGCAUCACCUUGAACUGUGACUGGUCGCAACCUAAAGACCCAUCUAACCCGGCUGACGUGGCGGCCCGACUGCGCUACUUCCAGAUCAAAAUCGGACUCUUCACCAACCCCAUCUUCGUCAACGGCGACUAUCCAGAAGAGUUAAAGGAGCGAAUCAACAGUCGGUGUGAGCCGGGCAAGUCUCGUCUCCCCCAGUUCACAGAAGAAGAAAAGGCUUAUCUUAAAGGAAGCAGCGACUUCUUCGGUCUGAACUACUACACGACCCGACUUGUCGCCUAUAAGCCAAUGGAGGACCAGCCUGGCUUUCUGGGAGACAAGAGCUUUGAAGGUCUAACAGACCCAUCAUGGCCACGGGCGGUAUCCAACUGGCUGUACUCGGUCCCCUGGGGGCUACGGAAGCUGCUUGGGGCCAUCAAGGAGGAGUUCGGUGACCCCGACAUCUACAUCACCGAGAACGGCUUCACCACGGAGCCAGGUGUGCUCCAAGAUCCAGACAGGAUCAAGUAUCUCCGGGAACAUCUGACAGAAGUAUCAAAAGCCAUCAACGAGGACAAAUGCCGUGUCCGGGGGUACUACCUGUGGUCGCUGAUUGACAACUUCGAGUGGCACCAGGGCUACAAGGAGAGAUUCGGCAUCUACAGCAUCGACUUCUCCGACCCCGCCAGGCCCAGGACACCCAAAGACUCGGUCGCCUUCUACAGACAAGUUGUCAAGACAGGGAAAGUAUAGCGAUGCGUCGGUGCUCGGACAUUUUACCUCUGAAUUGACGUUCCAGUUCUAAGCAAGACCAGGGCGUAUAUAUAUCGACGCUGGCUACAUCGUUUGUGCACGUGAUCGGUCACAUGACCCACCAGUUUUGAAAUAUUUCUGAAGAUCUGCAAGCGGUUGCAGAUUCCGAGCCGAAAAUCAAACAGACAUACAGACUGAAUUUAUUCAGUAUUUUUAGGCAUCUGGCCUACAACAUAUAUCACAGUAAUUUAGUAUGCAUCAUGCUUAGUAUUGAAGCAGCUAUCAUGGAUUUUGUUUUCUUUGUUUUGAAUCAUGAUAGUAGUAAUGACUGCUUGAAUAAACAUGGCAUUUACAGUU